ACAUGCUAAUUGCCAAACAGUGGACCAUUAAUUGUUGAACCAAAUCAAGUUUCCACUGUCGUCUAGCAAUGAUCUGUAGUAACCCACGCCACAUAUCUCCCAUCAAAAAGCACCCAAUAAAUCAUUUUGAAAUGAAUUCCACCAAACUAUAAAAUAAUCAGUGUUGGAGGAAGAAAUCGAAACACAGUAACAGAGAGAUGAGCGAGACGAUAAAGAAGAGGGCGAAGGCAAUAAUAGUUGGAGGAAGCAUAGCAGGAAUUUCAUGCGCACAUGCUCUCAUUUCAGCAGGAUGGGAUGUUGUUGUUCUUGAGAAAUCAAGCUCGCCUCCUAAGAGCAGCGCCACCGGUGCCGGAAUUGCAAUGGACCUUCUCUCUCAGAAAAUCGUCAAGUCUUGGAUUUCUCAGCCUCACCUUCUUCAAGAAAUCACCAUCCCUCUCACUAUUGAUCAGAAUGUAGUGACUGAUGGAGAUAAGAUUAGGAUAUUGACAAGGGAUGAAAAUUUCAACUUUAGAGCUGCACAUUGGUCUGAGCUCCAUGGCCUUCUAUCCAAUGAUCUACCAUCUGAAAUAUUUUUAUGGGGUCACCUUUUCCUCUCUUUGCACAUUUCUGAAGACAAGGCCUCUGUCAGCGUUAAGGCAAAAUGUGUUCAAACUGAUGAAAUCAUUGAGAUAAAUGGGGAUUUACUCGUUGCAGCAGACGGCUCUCUCUCUUCGAUUCGCAAAACCUUUCUUCCUGACCUGAAAUUGAGGUAUUCUGGUUACUGUGCUUGGAGAGGGGUCCUUGAUUUUUCAGGAAAAGAGAAUUCAGAAACCAUUCUAGGCAUCAGAAAGUUGUAUUCUGAUUUGGGUAAUUGUUCAUACUUUCACCUUGCUGGUGGAAGUCAUAGUGUGCUCUAUGAACUUCGCUAUGAAAAGCUCAAUUGGGUUUGGUAUGUUCUUCACCCUGAGCCCGAACUAAAGGGAAAUUCAGUUACCAUGAAAGUAAACACUGAUAUGAUAAAUAAUUUGCACCAAGAAGCAGAAGAAGUAUGGCAUCCUGAGUUUGUGAAAGUGAUGAAAGAAUCAAAGGAGCCAUUUCUAAAUUUCAUAUAUGAUUGUGAUCCUCUACAACAAAUAGUUUGGGACAAUGUGGUACUCAUUGGGGAUGCUGCACAUCCAACAACUCCUCACGGUGGAAGAAGCACAAAUAUGGCAAUUGCAGAUGCUGCAGUUUUUGGUAAAUGUCUGCAGAAGUGGGGAGUGGAAGAUUUAGCCUCAGCACUUGAAGAAUAUCAGCGUCUUCGCCUACCAGUAACGUCGAAGCAAGUCUUACACUCCCGACGAAUGGGUCGACUCAAACAAGGGUUACAUCUUCCUGAUGUUAAUACCUUUGAUCCCAAAACAGCAUCUCAAGAAGAAUGUGAAAAGCUUCUUCCACAUAAAAAUAUGCCUUUCUUUUAUGGUGUUCCUGGCUUGGAUGGCUAAUAUAUGAUUUAUCACUUGAUCAACAUUAUAUAAAACAUGUAUUAUUUUUUCAAAUUUAUCCCUAAUAAUAAAUAAUUUGUGAGACUGAAAAAACUAGUCAAAUCUAAAAAUAGUAGUAAUAAUAUAAAUAAUUUAAUAAAAGUGUAUAUAAAUUAAGACAUAUUUAUUAUUUUUUUAAUUUA